AUGCGAAUAAUAGAUAUUAACUAUGUAUCUGUACAUCUACACAUCGAAUUGGUAAAAAACUUCAAAGCGAAUUUUAUAUUUUCAGUUAAAUACCUCCGAGAAGUGACUCCCUACUUCAGGAAAGCCAGUAUCAUAUCAGAAGUGGGAUGGGAGCUGCAGAGAGGUUUCCUUUCAGGAGUGCCCCCUGUGGUGCGGUCGCCUCAAAGGGCUGACACCAGAUACCUGCCCCUUCAAUUAUGCCAUCUGGCUAGGAACUUUAGAUAUCCUGAUCCAGAGGGUCGAACGUUAGAACUUCAUUCCCCAGAUGCCAUCCACAGUUGUGUGUUACGUGCAGCUGAUCCAGCCGAAGCUGUAGCGUGGUUCAACACUCUUCAUUCGGCACUAUCGCUCCUUACCACUUCGGCACUUCACGACGCUUCCAGGGCAAUCCCAGAUCUUAGGCAUAUAGGAUGGCUAUUACGGAGACCUAGGUCGGAGACCAUGUCCAGUUCCGAAUCUUCCGAAGACAUGGACCGAUGGCAGUCUAUCUUCGCAGCCGUGACGGACAGUGAGUUACGCUUCUACGAAAGCGCGCCUUGGUCAGGUGAAGCAUGGCGAGCGCCUGCGGAAGCUUAUUCUUUGAUAGCAACUCGUCUAGUAGGAUCUGGCAAGAGAGCAGAGCUGCCAGAAUUUAGCAUACGAUGCGCGACUGUGGAAGGAGUGAUAACACAUUCGCUGCGAGCGGAAACGCACAGGGACUUGGCAGCGUGGGCGAAAGCGUUAGUUAAUGGAAGCCAUGCGAGCGCCGUGACGCAGAGGGAGUUAGUUUGCAGAUGUGUUUGGAAAGGCCGACCGGCUCAAUUAGUAAUUCACUACGAGAACGGUUUCACGUUAUUGGAGGCGGGUACGGGAUCAAGGACGCUCUGGAGGUAUCCCUUCGAUAGGCUAAGGAAUUCUUCGGACGACGGCAAGAGGUAUCUAUGGUUGGAUUUCGGUGCGGCCGACGAAGGAGAUGUUGAACUCGACAUGGAAGGAUGUCCAAAGCCAAUUGUCUUCAUAUUGCACAAUUUCUUAUCUGCCAAAAUCCAUCGACUAGGCCUGACAGCCUGAGAUAUUGUUGAAUGAAUCAUUUAUUUUUAAGUUUGUUUUUAACACAAUAAAUUGUCAAUUAGUAGAAACAGACUUUCUACCUAAUAAUUUCAUUAAAUUUGCCAGUGUAUUUUAUAGAUCGUCGCAUAACGUACAAAAAAUAGGCUAUAUUUGAGGAGAAUAAUAUUAAAUUAUCACUGCAAUCCUUUGGACACUCACUUAAAU